AUGGCGGCGACAACGAGCAACCAGGGCUGGGCCCAAUUGCGUCAACAGGCUCGGAACUUGGAGUCUCAAACCGAGACUCUGUUCCACACGUACUCACAGUACUCCGCUGUAGCCAACAUCCCCCCGAAACCAAGUACGGAAGAGAAAGACACAGAAGCUAAAUUGGAGGACAUACUGGACAAAAGGGAUAACGUUGUGAAUCAACUAGCCCGUCUUCUAGACUCGGAAGCGAGUCUCACAUCCUCCGCCCUGAAACAGAACAACCUGUCCCUCCUCCGCGAGAAGCUGGCCGAACAUAGGCGAGAUCUACGCCGGCUGCGAUCGCGCCUGGAGGAUGCUAGGAAUAAGGUGAACUUACUCUCGAACGUGCGGGACGACAUCGAAACGUACAGAGCGAAUAACCCGGAGGCGGCCGAGGCGGAAUACAUGUUGGACGAGCGGAACCGAAUCGACAACAGUCACAACAUGGUCGACAGUGUGUUGAGCCAAGCAUACGCGACCAGCGAGAGCUUCUCCGUGCAGCGUGAGACGCUGGCCAACAUCAACCGGAAAAUCACAAUGGCGGCGAGCCAGGUUCCGGGUAUGAACUCGCUGAUAAGCAGGAUAUCCGCGCGGAAGCGGCGGGAUGGCUUCAUCAUGGGCGGCUUCAUUACCUUCUGCUUUCUCUUCUUUUGGUUCUUCAUGUGA